UCUGUGAAGCCCGGAUCUUUGGCAAUGCCAACGUUCCAAGACGUCUUGGAGAAAUGGCGGAAAACGCCAGAGCACAAGUUCAAGCAGAAGGACCGUGACCUGUGUGAGCAGAUGAGCAGUGCCUGCUUGGAGCAGGGGGAGAGUGAGAAGGUGCUAGACUUCAUCACGGAGAAGGAGAACCAGGGCGUCGUGAAGGCCAUGGGUGUGUGUCUUCUGGGGCCACUGGUGAAGGAGGUGGUUAAGAAGAGGAGGAAUCCAGUCCACUGCCAAGCAGCUGUCACUCAUAUAGUGGAGACUUGCAAGCCAAAGGAUGUCUUCAGCGCCUUGCUGUCCCAGCUCGAGAACUGUGAUCCCGGAGUCAUUGGGGAAACCGUCAUAUACCUGCUCCCAAUUCUCCAGAAAGUGGUGAUGCGGCUGGGUGACUGCACUGGGCUGGGUAACGGUGUGGGGGCUGUGCUGGAGGCGGCCCAGAAACAGAUGUCUCGUCUCCCCGUGCCCUACACACAGCAGCAGGAGAAGACAGAUGUCCACGGGCUGUGCCGCUGCUGCUCCGUGCUGCUGGACUUCACGCAGCCCUUCGUGGAGAUGGUGCAGAGGGACAAGGCCGGCAGGAUGUCGUCCGUCAAGGGGCCCGUCAUCGGCAAGCUGCAGGCUGAUAUCGUCAAACUGUGUAUGAUGAGUCUGCGUGAGCCGCUCCUGCAGGCGGUUCUGAACGGGCCCGACAGCGCAUUCUGGAACUUCGCCAGCGGAAUAAUGGCCAUCCUGCCAGUGAUCCACAAGCCCCUGUCCGUGCUGCUGUUCCGGCGUGCGGGGAGAAGGGGGGAGGAGCCCCUGUCUAAGGCCGCCACCCACGCUGAAGAGUCCUACGCCUGCCUCGCCUACCUGCUCUUCGUGCAGCUCAUCGCCAUGGAAACCUUCCCAAAAAUAUUCAGCCCGGCGUUUGUCCUACAGUGCAACAUGGACUAUGUCAGCCUCUUGUUAAGUAGGAAAGAUGAAUCCUGGCUCUCCAAAGGCUUGGAACUGUGUGAGAAGAGUUUGGAGCCUGUUGAGGAUGGAAGUCUCCCUGUGGAGAUGCUGGAGCUCAGGUCCUUCUACACCGCUCCCCAGCACUUAGUAGAGAUAAUGACUGACUGCCCAAUGAAGCACGUGAAAACCAAAGGGUUGCACGUGUUUCAGCUCUUCAUAGAUAAACUCAAUGGGGAGGCCAAACACAGAUUCUUCAGGUGCAUGCUGAAAACCAGCCAGCAUGCAGGAGUGCAGGGCCAUGUCAUCAAAAACAUCCGGAACCAGGUGGACCCAGCAAAGAGUGGGAAGGUGAGCUGCUGGUUCUCCGGUGAACACCUCCUGUGUCUACUGAGGCUGGUCCUGUGUCUGCCACAGGGGGCGCAGUCUGACCUGCUCAACGGUAUGGACAGAGUAAUGGAGUCCCUGAACUUGCUACGAUUCCUACUCAUCAAGGAGAAGGAGCAGAGCACCACAGGUGUGUGGGUGGAGUUGUGUGUCCUGUCUGAGGGCUACGUGAAGGUCCUGCGUGCCUGCCUCAACAUGUCCAGGUCCUACUACAGCGCAGAGCUCAAGACCCUCACAGAGAACAGGAGGAACAAGGCCAGGGCGAUAAGAGAGGCUGUGAAAAUGAAGAAACCAGUGUCUGAGAUCAACCUGAAAGACCAGAAGUUAUCUAGUAUGUCUGAAGAGGAACAGCAUCAGGUAUUCCAGUGUGCUCUGGUGACCUUUGACCUGAUGGACAGCCUGGUGGUGAGAAUAGAGGAGCUGAUGGAGAACAGAGGAGACGCACAAGAACCCUGACG